CGGGGGCCACCAGCGCAAUCGUCGUCGGAGUAUUGUCUCGAGGCAUCCCGGUUCGCUGGAGAUGAUCUAAGAGCAGAACGUGCAAAUAGGAUGAUCAGCUAUCCACCUUGACAACCUGUUCGGCUGACUUGAUCUCAUCAAGGCGCGAUCAUGAUCCGCAUCCGAAGACUCUGGCUGGUCCCAGCGUUCUUCAUCGCCUGCGUCGUGUAUUACCUAUUCCUACAACCCAGCAGUACCCGCGAGCCUUCUUUCCAAUAUCCUGCCAAUGCCCCCGACGGAAAGCUACAUUGGACGAAACGUCCAGAGAAAUAUCCGGUCGCAAACGUACGCGAACUGCCCACUGAGCCCCUUGUAAACAUCCCUCAGAUCCAGUUCGACUUCCAUGCCCAGCCCGAAUCCGCCGCCGAGAAGAAGACCAGAGAGACGAGACUGAGAGUCGUCAAGGACGCCUUCAUACACGCUUGGAACGGGUACAAGAAUCAUGCUUGGGGCGCCGAUGAAGUUGGACCGCUUAGUGGUACCGCGCGUACGAGUUUUGGAGGUUGGGGCGCGACCUUGGUCGAUACGAUGGAUACGCUAUGGAUCAUGGAUCUGAAAGAUGAUUUUGAAAAAUGCGUCGAGGCGGUGAAGAAGCUCGAUUUUACGACGAGCCAAGAGGAGACAAUCAACGUCUUCGAGACGACGAUUCGAUACCUGGGAGGCCUGCUGGCUGCCUACGAUCUAUCGGACGCAAAGUAUCCGGUCUUGCUCGAGAAGGCGCAAGAGCUCGGCGAGAUACUAUACUCUGCAUUCGAUACACCUAACCACAUGCCUAUGGCGAGAUGGAGUUGGCGAAAGACUGCUCUGGGCGGUGAGAUCGAGCCGAGCACAAACACCCUACUGGCCGAGAUCGGGAGUCUGACCGUCGAAUUCACACGAUUGAGCCAACUUACGGGCGACAUGAGAUACUUUGACAUUGUGGAAAGGAUUACUGAGCAGAUGGAUUUUGCCCAGAACCAGACCAAGAUCCCAGGCCUGUGGCCGACCAUCGUCAAUGCGAAAACGCUUGCAUUUGAUUACAACCAUUUUACAAUGGGCGGAAUGGCGGAUUCGACCUACGAGUACCUGCCAAAAGAGUAUAUGAUGCUUGGUGGUCGCGACGGAAAAUAUCGGCAUAUGUACGAAGAGGCCAUCGAAGCCGCGAAGAGAUAUUUAUUCUACAGACCUAUGCUCCCCUCUGGGGAAGACAUUCUUCUCAGUGGCAACGCCGCAGUGACCGCUUUGGAAACGAUACCUAUAUCGAGUUUGGACCCACAAGGCCAGCACCUCGCUUGUUUCGUCGGUGGCAUGGUCGCGAUCGGAGCAAAGAUCUUCAGUCGACCUGAUGAGUUGCACGUUGCUCGCCGUCUUGUUGAUGGCUGCAUCUGGGCUUACAACGCCAUGCCGUCCGGAUUGAUGCCGGAGACCUUCCACAUGUCAGCCUGCCAGGUCGGGAUCAAUGAGCCAGCGCCGGGCAGAUGCGAAUGGACAGACGAUAAAUGGUAUGAAGCGAUCUCGAAGAAGCAUUCACCUAUGGGCCACAAGGAGAUGACUGCCGUCGAGCUGGGGAAAACCCUGGUCAAGCAGCGUCAUAUAUUUCCUGGCUUCACUGACCACGGCGAUAACCGAUAUAUUCUUCGUCCCGAGGCCAUCGAAUCCAUUUUCAUCCUGUACCGCAUCACAGGUGAUGUGAAAUUACAGGAGGCUGCGUGGAAAAUGUUCCAAUCGAUCAAUACCGCUACAAAGACGCCAAUUGCACACGCUGCCAUCUACGAUGUGAGGGCGCAGAUGCCGGAACAAAGUGAUCGCAUGGAGAGCUUCUGGUUGGCUGAGACGUUGAAGUACUUUUACCUCAUUUUUAAUGAGCCCUCGGUCGUCGACUUGGACGAGUGGGUGCUCAACACCGAGGCGCACCCUUUCAAGAGACCGACAAGUUGAGCCAGUAUAGACCAUUUGCAUUCAAAAUCUGCAUACUGCAUACUGCCGCGGAAAAGCAGCGAGUGGUACUCCAUUCAACGCUCUCCAAAUUGCUCGUGAUGUCGGUCUGCCAUGCGAGGAUGACCACCUGCCUGAGGCGCAGAACGGAGGUCGGCCGACUUUGGAUACCCUGCAUCCCCCAAAUUGACUGCGGUGAAUCGAAAGCUCAAACUUGCAUGACCUGGGACUCAGAUCGCGGUAUAUCACACCAAAGCAAAGUAGAGCUCGACGUCAGAAUCAUGCCCGUCCUGGCCUCUAUGGACUGUCGAUAGGGCUGGUAAAGAAUACAAGAUGCCCCAGGUCCGUGGCCGUGGAUUUGCAUCGCGAAUGAUUGACGUCGUGCUUCGCAGCUACCUCCAGCGAAACCCCUUGUCGACAUCCGCAGUACGAUGCAUGGGAAGGAAGGGGAUAGCUAGGAAGAGCGAGAAAGCUGAGAAGCAAGCCCAAUUUGUCCGCUGCCCCAUAAUAUACUCGUCCUGGUUAAUAUGACCAUGCGUGAUGAAGCAACAGAUUCAUUCCAGGUUGAAAGGACCUACAGGCUG